GUACAUGUAAGUUCUCCCAUUUAACACCGAUCCAAGAAUGCGGUUAUAAAACGUCGGUUGAUACGGUAGUUACAUUCUCCUCCGUCUGAGCGUUAUCACAGUCGGUGAAUCAUGUCUUUCUGUUCGUUCUCUGGAAAGGAGGUUUAUAAAGAUCAUUUUCAGACUGGCAUGUAUGUUUGUGCUAAAUGUGGACAUGAGCUGUUCUCCAGCAGGACCAAAUAUGAGCAUUCAUCACCCUGGCCAGCCUUCACAGAAACCAUCCAUGAAAACAGUGUGUCUAAAUAUAAGGAGAGACCGAACGCUUAUAAGGUCAAAUGUGGUAAGUGUGGAAAUGGUCUCGGCCAUGAGUUUAUAAAUGACGGACCCAAACAAGGCCUCUCGCGCUUCUGAAUAUUCAGCAGCUCUCUGAAGUUCGUUCCUAAAGACAAGAAUGAACAACAGUAGAGCCUGAUGUUGGAUAAGCACGUGAGGAUGUUUCAGUAGUAGCGUAUGGAGAAUGUUUUCCGUGUGGAUGGUGUAUGAAAGGCUCUGAAGAAAAGCCCACAGAGGAACGUUCAGAGCAGUGAUGUGUAUUCAGCCUCAUGGGAAACAUGUAGAUGCUUACUCUUAAUAACUGGUACUGCCAAUCAUUAUGCAAAAAUUUUUAUAAUAUGCACAAUAUACACUACUGUUAAAAAAUCUUUAAACUGUUUUUUAAAGAAAUCUUUUAUUAUGCUCACCAAGACUGCAUUUAUUUGAUCCAAAAUACAGUAAAAACAGUCAUAUUUUGAAUUUAAAAUACAUUUAAAAUUUAAAAUAACUGUUUUCUAUUGUAAUUUUUAAAAAUGUUGUUUAUACCUGUGAUCAAAGCAGAUUUUUCAGCAUCUUUACUCCAGUCUUCAGUGUCACUAGAUCCUUUAGAAAUCAUUAUAAUAUGCUGGUUUGAUACCAGUUGUUUCUGGAAUACCGUGGUACUUUUUUCAGGAUUCUUUGAUGUUCAAAAGAACAGUACUUAUUUAAAAUAGAAAUUUUUUGUAUUUAAUGCACCUUGCUGAAGAGAAGUAUUAAUUCCUUUAAAAUAACAAUCGUUUGGCUACUUGAUAACGUAAGAAUCACAGAACCCCACUUGACCAUGCAAAGAUAAUCAUUUAAACAUUUACCACUUAUGCAUAUUAACAUAUUUAGAACAAUACCAAAAAUGCGUUUUGGAAACUACAACGGUUGUUUCUGUAGAUUUCAAUUACUAAACCUUGUCUGCAUGUACAGUAAACUGCUGCACUUGAUUGGAACCCAAGAGAUGUUCAAAGUCUAAAAUCCUCUAUGAAGAUCUUCCUUUAAACGGGGUUAAUAAAUAUUUGCUUGUGUGAAUGAAUAUGUAAUGGAGCGGGUUGAUACUUUGAAACUAUAAAGUACAUACAUAUUUAAUGUAGAGGUCAAUAAAAGCAACCUGUGCUAGAAUUGCAUAAGAAAUGUUUCUUUUUCUGAUUGUAUGUUGUAUUUUAUUAGCCUUUUACAGGAAAACAAGGCUUAAUUAUUUAUUUUUUAGGAAAAAAUGUCAUAUUAAUGCUGAACCACAGCUGAUUUUUAAAACACCCUUUUAUAUAACAGUUAGAAAUGGCUACUAGUUAACUAAUUUUGCCCACUAGUAUAUGUUGGACCUACAUCCUCAAGAUUAAACUAUGCACCAUGUCAUCUUUCAGGUUUCAUAAUUGAAGAAAAGUUCAAACCGCAUGCAAACCGAUCUUCCUUUAAACGGGGUUAAUAAAUAUUU